UUCCAAACAUUGGAAACGACGUAGUUUCAUUCUCCGUUGCGUUUUAUUCUUCUGGAUAAGAGCUUCGUGAUGGUUUGAAACCUCUGAGUGAAGAAGAAGCGCCAUGGCUGGGAUUACCAGCAGCACCGUUGGAUUCAACGCCGUCUUCACCGGAAUAACCAAAACAGUAUCAUCACAUUCACUCUUCUCUGUUGAUUCCAAACUCUGUAGUCUUCGUCUCUCCAAAACCGAACUGUCUUUCACUAAUCUCACUCCUUCUCCUCGCCGUGCUUUCGCCGUCACUUGCCGCUUCGGCGGUGGUGGUGGAGGUUAUCGAUUCUCUGGAGACAAUAGAAGAGGUAGGCCGAAAGAAGCUGAAAUUGAUGAAGCUCUUGAUAUCUCCUCAAUUAGGUCAGCUACUGUUAGGCUUAUCGAUGGGCAACAAAACAUGCUUGGUUUAGUGUCUAAAGACGAAGCCGUUCGAAUGGCUGAUGAUGCUGAACUUGAUCUGGUUAUACUAUCGCCUGAUGCAGAUCCUCCGGUUGUUAAAAUGAUGGACUACAGUAAAUACAGAUACGAACAGCAAAAGAGGAAAAAAGAUCAGCAAAAGAAAACAACUCGCAUGGAUUUAAAGGAGCUUAAAAUGGGUUAUAAUAUUGAUCAGCAUGAUUAUUCCGUUCGUCUAAGGGCUGCCCAAAAGUUCUUGCAAGAUGGUGACAAGGUUAAGGUGAUUGUGAGCAUGAAAGGACGAGAAAACGAGUUCAGAAAUAUCGCUAUUGAACUCCUCAGACGUUUCCAAACCGAAAUAGGGGAGCUUGCAACUGAAGAGAGCAAAAACUUCAGGGACAGAAAUAUGUUCAUUAUCUUGGUCCCAAACAAAGAAAUGAUUCGGAAACCACAAGAACCACCCACAAGAAAGAAGAAAAAAACAGCGGAAAACGAAGCUUCAGCUUCAGCUGCAGAAAUAACAGCUGAGCCUGAGCCUGAGCCUGAGCCUGAGCCUGAACCUGAGCCUGAGCCUGAGCCUGAGCCUGAGCCAGAGCCUCUACAGAUCGAUUCUUGAGUUUAAAAUCUUGUGGUAGGAUUUUCAGAGCUAAAGUAAAGUUUUGUAUAUUUACUUUUCUACCAUGUCUCAAGAGAGCCAAGAGCUGUAUAACAAAUAGAGUUAGUCCUAUUUGAAUGAUGUUCUUCGUUUGUAGAUCUUUUCUCUAAUCUAUUUUUUUGUUUAACUUCUCAGCUUUGUUGAUUCUCAAAAGAAUUGUAUUAUCUUUUAACAGAGUUACAACUUUUUCGCUUCCAUGACAGAAACUAGAUAAACACUGAUCACUAAACUAAUUGAGGUUUACAUGUUGAUAGCUAAAUCGCAUUUUCUUCAUUGAUUUUUUGUUUAAACCCUAAGUGAUCUUCACAUCCUUUUCCUAUAAGUAGAAGAAGGCAGAAGAAAAUGCGAGCCAAAAAGAGCAAUUUACAAGUCAUUUUGUAAGUGUGUUGUUGUUAAGGCCAUUGAAACUUGCUUAAUGGCAACAAUG